AAAGAUCGCCGCAAGAGGCAGAAGCCCGAAGGGGGGCACGAGUGGGCAAGCCACUUUUGGCUGUCGGGUGUGGAGUUUCAGGUGCGUCUCUACUGAGUAGAGCGCACACACAUUAUACGCGCUCUCCCAAAGGGGUGAUCGAGCGCCCCUGUCGUUGCCAACGUUAAGGCGCGACAGAAGACCCGCAGCCAGCAAGCUAUUUGGUCGACGCACCGUUGCGUCCCGUUGAGGCGAAACGGAAGGGGUUAUCAGCUGGCCCAGGAGAAGUCAGCUUAAUCGCUGGAGGAUUGGAGGAAUCGCGGAAGGACGCGCAGGAUCGAUUUCUGGAUCACGGAGACGAUCAGGUGAAAACUGAGAAAAAUGGCUGAACGGAGCCAAACUGAUCAGAAGACAGAGAAGGGACGGAGACCGUCGAUCGUAAAGGUCACCGGCGACCCGUUGACAAAUUACAACAAGGAUUGCCCGGAUUGCAAGCGCAACAACAUUCUUUCAGGUGAACGAUUCCCUUGUUGGGAAUGCGUGGUCGCCGUGCCGAUGCCAAAUCAACUCCUGGUAAUUCCGCAGGAAGCAAAAAGAGGCAACCUAGAUGUAUUUCGACACCUGGUCAGAAGAAAAACGUGGCUGAAACUAUCGCCCGAAGAUAGAGUGAUUUUGGAGGAUAAAUACCGAAUGUGGGUAGGACGCAGACCUGGAUGGGACGUCACCCUUGAACCUCCUAAAACUGCGGAAGCGAAUGCGUUUAGAAAGCAAAUAUUGCAAGAAAAGCGUGAAGCAGAAAGAAAGCGUUUGAAAGAAAGAAAGAAAGCUGCGGCAGAGAAGGGUUUAGCCAAUGCAGAUAAAGGUCAUGCGGGACUUGCAGCACCCGUUUCGGACGCGAUAUUUAAGAAACAAGACGUACAGGAGGCGAUUAUACGCGAAUCACUCAUCCAGCAAUUGGACAUCAUCCUUAAGGACCCACUCUCACUAACAAAAGAGGAACAUACAAUAUUCCUGCAAGAAAAGGUCAACCUGACGGAAAAAGGCCGAUGGUCGCAAGUCAUCAAAAUUUUGAUCGAGGACAAAAUUGAGAACAUGCGCAAAUUCCUCAUGCAGCAAAACGAAAUGACGGAGACCGAAAGAAAUUUCAAGAGAGGCGAGUUCAAACGACCGAAAUCACCGCCGAGAGAAACGUAUCAGUCGGGCUUGGCAAGGUCAGCCGACAGGAAUGAAAGGUCACAUGUGUACGAAAGGUCGUCCGAUCAUCCUCGACAAAGGUUAUGGAAACAUGAAAGGUCAUGCGUUUAUGAAAGGUCAUCCGAUCAUUCUCGAAAAAGGUCACGAGAAUUGGAACGGUCACGCGUCUGCGAAAGGUCAUCCCAUCAUCCUCGAGAAAGGUCACGGGACUUAAAAAGUAUGGACGGUUGAUGCAUGAAAAGCAUUUGAUCCGUAUUCAUCGCAGACGUGACCGAAAUCGUCACAGUGCUACUAGCAGCCGGAGCGAAGGAGACGAGCUGCAAGAGAGGGAAAGGGAACCUCGAGAUCGAACGUCUGACCGUAAUGGAAAAGAAAGACGACGUUUCGAUCGGAACCGCGACAAUGGUUCAAAUGAUCAGUGAUGACCUUUAGGGCAUCGCUGAUGUGCUAGUUACGGUCAUCAGUCGGCAGCACGAGAAUGGUGAUAAAGGUACAGUAUCAGGGCGAAGGAGACAUAACUUGUUGAACUGUCAUAUCGUUUGUGUUUCUAUUGGUUUCAGAGUUUUGUUGCAGAGGAUCAAGGCGAUCCGAAAUAUGGGGAGUUACGGAGGUCAUCCGGCCCUCGAAGCAGGAAGAGUAACGGCGCUAACCGGCCUUCCCCAUUACAUUUAAAACGUCACUUUUAGAGUGUAGUUGCGGCCUACUGAGUCGGCACACUCUUGCGGAAUGACAGAAGCCACAAGGGUGAAAAAGAGAAAGAGUUCAAGAAAAUAGGAGUAAAACUUUCAGAUGUUGAGGUUACGGCGAUAACCGGCCUCAGAAGAAAGAGGAGUUACGGCGUUAACCGGCCCUCAAACCUGGUAAGGAAAAGAAGUGCGCGUCAAUUUGCACUACACGGAAAAGAAAAGGAUGUGCGACCGAAGAAAAUGAAAAAGAAUGAUGACCUUUACAAGGGAGGCAAGCAGAAUUGCUUGAAAGCUGAAAAUUGGCUAAGUUCCCCCAUGAGCUUUAAUAUGGAACUCAUGAUGAAGAAAUGUAUGACCUUUUGGGAUCGCCACGGCCCAAAUGAGUCGCAUAUCAAAGAGAAAGGGAUGACCUUUGAGAACUUCACUGCUCAACGAGUCAUCAAUCCAAGUUAAAAAGAAUGACCUUACCAGGGAGGAAGCAUUAAGCUUGUCUUUCAAGACGUCCCUCCACGUCCAAGAGGAAGAAUCUCAUUUUGCAGAAGUCGUACUUGAUACGCAUUUAUUUCAAAGAUGAAGAAGCAGUAUUCAGAAGUCGUACUUGAUA